AUCUUCCUGCAGCCCGCGCCUCCGUUUCAAAGACGCGCCAGGCCCCGCCCCCAAGCUCAGUUCCUGAGUCCUCAUUGGACAACGUGUGUCGGGGUUUCUGCCGCGCACUCGUUGCCUGGACACACUGUUUGGCGCCCAGGUGUUGGCGAGGGGUGGGGGAGAACGUGCGUCACUGGGAGGGGAAAUAAGCCUUUCUAUUGGUCAAUACCGGGAGACCCUGCCUAUGAGGCAGUUUUAACCAAUGGAAGUGCAUCAUUCGUAAUUUAAACUCUCUAUAAAAUUCGGUUUGAUUAACGCUUCGAGCUGCGCCAGAGUUUUCAACUGUGCUUUGGAGAGGGGGUUACUGAUCUUCUUCGUGGUCGCCUGGAUUGCAGUUCGCCAUGAUUGUGUCCUCCCUGGAGGAGCUGGACUCCUUCAAAUACAGUGACCUGCAGAACUUGGCCAAGAAUCUGGGCCUCCGGGCUAAUCUCAGGGCAGACAAAUUGUUAAGAGCCUUAAAAGCCCACCUUAAAAAUGAAUUAAAAGAAGAAAAAGAGAAUCAGGAUGAAGUUCAAACUUCUGCAUCCUCUUGUGAUGAGACAGAGGUACAAACGAGCAGCCAGGAACAAGCUAAGAGGGAGCCAGUUGGCCAUGUGACCAAAAUGAGGAGAAGGCACAGGACAUUCCACAGGAGCCCUGACCCCCAGAAUCAUUCAGAGAUCAAAAUAUGUGAUCCUCCUGAAUUCCAGAGUCAAGAAACGUAUGAAAGCCAGGCUCUCCGAGCUGCUGUAGGUGUUCCUUCUCUACCGAAUGAGAGUCAAGAAGAUGAGAAUGCAGUGCCCUCAGGAAAAAGUGGAAUAAAUGGUCCUGAAGUUUCAAAGGUACCUUCAGAAAAAAAGAAGUCUGUCUAUACAGAUGAGUUUCCCAAACCUGGAAAAAAUAAAAAAACUGCAAGCACUACUCCAAACUUUAAGAAGCUUCAUGAGGCUCAUUUUAAGGAAAUGGAGUCCAUUGAUCAAUAUAUUGAGAGAAAAAAGAAACAUUUUGAAGAACGCAAUUCAUUUAAUGAACUGAAGAAGCAGCUCAUCACUAAGAGUGUGCUGGCAACUCCAGUUCCUCUGCGAGGAAGACUGUCCGGCGCUGGUAACCCCGGCAGCCAGCGGCGCUCCCAGGGCCGGCCCCACACAGGUCGGAGUGCCUUAUGUGGGAAGGGGUCCACCAAGCGUCCCGCUCUCUCAGCAGCCAAAAUGAACGUCAGGUUUUCAGCUGCUACUCAAGAUAAUGAGCAUAAGCGUUCACUGACCAAGACUCCUGCCAGAAAGUCCCCACAUGUGACUACAUCUAGGAGCACCCCAAAAGGCCAGGCUGUGUUUGGGACACACAAGUUAAAGACCACCGCUGUUAUUACUCCGUUCAAGUUAACGGCAGAGGCCUCACAGACUCCGACUUCCCAGAGAAAACCAGUGUUUGAUCUCAAAGCAAGUUUGUCUCGUCCCCUCACCUACGAACCACACAAAGGAAAACUGAAACCAUGGGGCCAAUCUAAGGAAAAUAAUUCUCUGAGUCAGCAUGGAAACAGAGUUAGCUUCCACAAGAAAACUUAUAAACAACCUCAUCUCCAGACCAGGGAGAAGCAACGGAAGAAACAUGAGCAAGAACGAAAGGAGAAGAAAGAAAAGAUUUUGGAAGUUCGAAGGGGCCUCAUCAUGGCUAAAUAUUGAAAAUUCAACAUCCCGUAAAUAUUCCUUUAUUCCGAAUCCUUUUUUGUAAAUAUUUUUAUAUUAUCCUCUCACUUUAGUCAGAAGACCUUUUCCUACUCUUAACUUUUGUUCAUAUAUAUAUGUAGUGUUAGUGGCUUCUUCACAUGUUAUACCCCGAAAAAGAUGUUAUUACCUUUCAAACUCACAUAUUAUUUUGAAAUAGUUUUUAUAUAAGCCCUUUUGUAACUGACUCAGUUUUCUAAAGAGACUCCUAUAGAUUUCUUGACCUAGAUUUUUAAUAUCAAGUUCCCUCUGCUGGCUCUAAUAUUAAUAGAACUUUAAUCCUCCUCUAGGCAAAAGUCUUUACCUGAUAGUAGCUUAUUAUACCACAAGCUUCAGUAGAAAUUGAACACUAACAAGUUAAGAAUAGGGUAAGCUGUCAAAGGCCACCUCUUCAUCCUCUAGAGACUAGAACUGUUCCUGAAACUGGACCAUAUGGUUUGGUAAGGUGAAUAUUUAUCUGUGUAACUUUGUUCAUAUUACUUCAUGUAACUGUCAUCUAUAUAUUCUUAAAAACUAUAGCUUAUUCUAGUCUUUCUUAUUUAAAAAUAUAGAAAGCCAUGUUGAAAUUAGAGGAUUGCUACUUUAAGGAUUACUAUGCUAUCAAACUUAGAUCUUACUCAGUUCCUAGAAAAGAUUACAGAGUUGUUUACCAUCAUAUCCAUGUUUGUUACACUUGAGUGGAGCUUCUGAGUUUUCUACUUUAUAAGAUUUUCAUAAAUAAAAUUUUUUCUUGUGCUUUGUAAA